ACUCUCGUUACCUCUGCAUAUAUAAACUUACUAACUGAAAAAAAAGGGAUUGAAUCAAAUAUCAAUAUUAUUAUUCAGCUUUUUCCUUCGAUCGAAAAUUUUCUACCCUUGUUCUAAUUUCUUAAAUCUCUUUCCCUUAAAUCUUUACUCGAGAAAUUCAGAUAUGGCCACUGGAACAGCUCCCCCAAGAGGAAGUGCAGCUGCCGCUGCCAGCCUUAGGAGAAGGAGGCCAGCAGCCGGAGGGGCAGCUGGAGGAGGGGCUUCUGGAACUAUGCUGCAAUUUUACACCGAUGAUGCUCCGGGUUUGAAGAUCUCCCCAAAUGUUGUUCUUAUGAUGAGCAUAGGUUUUAUUGCUUUCGUUGCUGUACUUCAUGUUGUGGGUAAGCUCUGGUUGGUCAGGAAAGACUGAAGAACCCAUAAGAUGGCUAGGCAGGCGUUGGUUGACUCGAAGUUUAGACAGCUUUGCAGUGUUUUUUGUUUUGUAUUUUGCUUCGAUAACCACAAUAGAAGUCUAUGGUUGAAAGUUUAAGAAUCAUCAUGUUCUAUUUGUACCAAGGAGAGAUUACUGUUUAAUAUAUCAGGCCUUUGAGUUACAGUUUUUA